UUACAAGACAAGGUCGUUGAUAUUACUGUGAUUGUUCAUUGUAGGUAGUAUUAUUUAUAUAAAAAAGGUAAGGUGAUUCUACUGUUUAAUUUAAAUGUUUACUUUCUUUGUAAAUUCAACGUUGUUGCAAUACUUUAAAGGGAGGUAACCCAUUUUCAAAGACCUCAAAAUUGAUUGAUUUCUGUUUAACAAAGAAUCCGACUGAGAUGGUGAUAUCGUGUGACCACCGAAGAUCCUGGCAACAUUCUCUAAAUUGAGCGGAUUUCAUAAUCGCAGCGACAUAUUAUAACAAGCAAACGGAAUUCAAACAAUCUAAAACAAAAAAGAAGAACUGGAAUCGAGGAAAAGAAAUACGGAUAUAGGUGCAAGAUUUUUCUUUGAAUGUCUCAGAUAAAACUGUGAGAAUAUCAGAGAACCAAAAGCCUCAAUAUUUAACUUGUUCAUCCACGGAAAAUGGAAGUUGAGAUGGAAGCUGAGAUGGAAGCUGAGAUGGAACCUGAGAUGGAACCUGAGAUGGAACCUCUUUCUGAUGAGAACCUGUUUCAGUGCGAUAUAUGUAAGAAGGAGUUUCUACAUAAGAGUGAUCUUGGAGUUCAUCUAGUUACACACACCAACAAGAAACGUUUCCAUUGCCCAAUUUGUGAGAAAGAUUUUGCUGAUCCUUCAAAGUCCGUACGACACAUGAGAACACACACUGGAGAGAAGCCAUACCAUUGUGGUGUAUGUGGUCGAGCUUUUGGCUAUAGAAAUGUCUUAAAAAAUCACUUAAAAACUCAUACUGGUGAGAAACCUUUCCUAUGUACAAUAUGUAAUAGAUCUUUUGCAAGGAAGGCUCAUUUGACAGGCCACUUGAAAGUACACAAUAAUAAAAAUUCACAUCUACCAAUAAGGAUAACAGCACCUUAUUCAGAAAAUUGGAUAGGGAAAGAUAUAGUCACAAAAGUAUUUAAUGAGGGAAGAACACAGCCACAUGCAGAUGAUGGUAAAGACAAAGAGUCUGGUAACGAUGGAAAUGGAGGGAAAAAAUCUGAUAAUGAUGGAGCUGAAGAGAAAGAAUCAAGUAAUGAUGGAGGUGAAGAUGACAAAGACAUUCCAGAGAAUUCCAAUAAGAAUAAAGGGAAAAGAGUUCAGUGUCAAAUUUGUGAUAAAUAUUUCUCAUUUAAAUGUGAUUUGAAAAUCCAUUAUCGAACUCACACUGGAGAGAAACCAUUCCAGUGUGAUGUGUGUGGUAAACAUUUUGCACGAGGUGGUGAUUUGCAAAUUCAUUUCCGAAUACACACUGGUGAAAAACCUUUUAAUUGUGAAAAGUGUGGGAAAACCUUCAGUGAUAGGUCUUCUUUCAAUAACCACAGGAGGAGACACAGUGGGGAGAAACCGUUCCAUUGUCAAGUGUGCCGACAGAAUUUUGCCGAUAGGUCCACUCUAAAAAGACACAUCAGAAGCCAUACUGGAGAGAAGCCUUUCCAUUGUGAGAUUUGUGGCAAAAAUUAUAGCCGUAACGCUAUCCUUAGUGUUCAUCUAAUGACUCAUACUGGAGAGAAACCGUUUUGCUGUGAUAAAUGUGGGAAAAAUUAUUCACAGAAAUGUACUUUAGUCGCUCAUUUAAAAUCUCACACUGAAGAAAGUGUCCCUGGAUAGAAAAUGAAAUAAAAUUACCAAGAAAUGUUGUUUUAUUUAAUGUGUUAAAAGCAAGCUUAGUCUAAGAGCCAUUUCACUUCUCGGUUGAAGCUAAAGACGAUGCUAUAAAUUGUUCUAAAAACUAUAUGGCUUAUAUGCCUAAUCAAAGCAAACCAAUAUUUCAUUUAAUGAUUUUUUUUUCUUUUCUAUAUAUAUAAAAAAAGACCUGACUGUAAUUUUAUUUAAUUAUCUUUC